AUGUCGACGACGGUGGACAAGAUUAAAGAGGUCGAGGCCGAAAUGGCCAAGACCCAGAAGAACAAGGCGACCUCCUACCAUUUGGGUCAACUAAAGGCCAAAUUGGCCAAGCUCAAGCGCGAGCUGCUUACCCCCACGGGAGGUGGCGGCGGUGGCGGCGCCGGCUUCGACGUCGCCAGAACUGGUGUUGCGAGUAUUGGCUUCAUUGGAUUUCCCUCUGUCGGAAAGAGUACGUUGAUGAGUCGUCUGACUGGUCAGCACUCUGAGGCUGCCGCAUACGAAUUCACAACCCUUACCUCCGUGCCGGGCCAGGUCACGUACAAUGGUGCCCCUCUACAGAUUAUCGAUUUACCCGGUAUUAUUGAAGGUGCCAAGGACGGUCGUGGUAGAGGUCGUCAGGUCAUUGCCGUCGCCAAGACCUGCCAUUUGAUCUUCAUCGUUCUGGACGUCAACAAGCCGCUGACUGACAAACGUGUUAUCGAGGCCGAAUUGGAAGGUUUCGGCAUCCGCAUCAACAAGUCGCCGCCAAACAUUACCUUCAAGAAGAAGGACAAGGGUGGUCUCAACGUUACGAGCACAGUGCCUCUGUCGCACAUUAGUCACGACGAAAUCAAGGCCGUCAUGAGUGAAUACAAAAUCAACUCGGCCGACAUUACCAUCCGCUGCGAUGCCACGGUUGAUGACCUGAUUGAUAUUCUGGAAGCUCGCUCCAGAAGUUAUAUUCCGGUCGUGUACUGCCUGAACAAGAUCGACGCCAUCAGUAUCGAAGAGCUGGAUCUGCUGUACCGAAUUCCCAACUCAGUCCCCAUCAGCUCCGAGCACGGCUGGAACAUUGACGAGCUCAUGGAGUCCAUGUGGGAGAAGCUGAAUCUCAAGCGUGUCUACACUAAGCCCAAGGGCAAGCAGCCAGAUUACAGUGCCCCUGUUGUGCUGAGGGCCAAUAAAUCGACUGUGGAAGACUUUUGUAACGCCAUCCACAGAAGUAUCACUGAGGUCUUCAAAACGGCUAUUGUCUACGGCAAGUCCGUCAAGCACCAGCCUCAGAGAGUUGGGCUCGGCCAUGAGCUGGAAGAUGAGGAUGUCGUGACUAUUGUCAAGCGAUGA